GUCGGAAGGGAGGUCGUUGGUGUACAUGGUGACGGCGGAUGGUUUGGGACCGUGUUUAGAGGUGGUUUUUAAAGUGGGUUGGAUUGCACCCGAAAGAUCGGAGGUGGAAAAUAUUUAUAUGUAUUAAAAUGUGUGUCAGUUCGAAAAAUAGGUGGAGGUGAAAAGGGAAUGGGAUAGGAGGAGAGGACGGUUGUUGUUUCAGACGGCGAAUGGUUGGCAGCGCGAGCUCCUUGGGGAAAUUUUCCUCUGGAAAGUGAAUGGUGGCGGCAGCAGCAGCGGGGCGAGCUGAAACUUGUUUGAUGAAUUUUUACUUGUUCAACGAAAGGAACUGUCCUCGGUCCGCCCCAGCAUGGAGCGUAGCUCGUGAGAGGAUGAGCCAGAAAGGCAGCCCCGUGAAGGCUUACGACUUUCUGCUGAAAUUCCUGCUGGUGGGUGACAGUGAUGUGGGGAAGGGAGAGAUCCUGGCCAGCCUGCAGGAUGGAGCGAGCGAAUCGCCCUAUGGUUACAAUAUGGGUAUUGAUUACAAGACAACAACAAUUCUGUUGGAUGGGCGUCGGGUGAAAUUACAACUCUGGGAUACAUCUGGUCAGGGCAGGUUCUGCACCAUCUUCCGUUCCUACUCUCGAGGAGCCCAGGGUGUCAUCUUGGUCUACGACAUUACAAAUCGUUGGUCAUUUGAUGGUAUUGACAGGUGGAUCAAAGAAAUAGAUGAGCAUGCCCCAGGUGUACCUAAGAUCCUGGUUGGAAAUCGUCUUCACUUAGCCUUUAAGCGGCAGGUAUCAACAGAACAGGCUCAGGCUUAUGCUGAACGGCAAGGCAUGACAUUCUUUGAAGUUAGCCCUUUGUGCAACUUUAACAUCAUUGAGUCAUUCACAGAAUUAGCAAGGAUCGUGUUAAUGCGGCAUGGAAUGGACAGGCUUUGGAGGCCUAACCGAGUGCUAAGCCUACAAGAUCUGUGUUGCCGAGCCAUUGUUUCAUGCACGCAUGUACAUCUAGUGGACAAACUACCCCUUCCUGUUACCUUAAAGAGUCACCUUAAGUCUUUUUCUAUGGCCAAUGGACUGAAUGCGAGGAUGAUGCAUGGACGUUCCUACUCUCUAACUCCUAAUGGUGGCAAGCAAAGUAGUCUGAAGAAAUCCAAAAUCAUUCGUCCUUCCCAAAGUCCAACACAGAGCUGCAGUCGAAACAGCUGUAAAAUCUCUUAGCUAUGUCCAUGUGUUAUAAACGAACAUUGUAUAUCUGAUCACUACAUAUGCCGCCUUGCCAUGCCAGUAUCUUGGCUGUUCCAGAGAGAGAACUUCUUCAACAACUAGAAAGGAAAAGGGCCCAUAAACUGUUGGUUCAAAGUUUGCACAAGGGAGUAAGAAAUUAUGCUGCUAAUUUAAAAAAAGUGAUUACAAAAGGUGUGAUACUCACAGGGAUCUGAUUCUUUGGACUGAUUGUUUCAAUUGAGAUGGGAGAGAAAGUUUGUUUUAUCGUAGCUCAAAGUCAAUAUUAUGCUUGUCCAUUUUUGUGAGAACCAGACAAUUGAAUUGUAUCUGAUGGAUUGUUUUGAGUAGAUUGGAGGAAUUAAGUAUGUGUGAUGUUGUUGAAUAUUUAAAGUUAUACUGGGAGUUGGAAUUUUAAAUGCACUGUAAGCUAUACUCUGUUUUCAAAACAUUCUUAAAUAUUGAAGCCAGGAAAUGAUUCUUCCUGAGAGUCGAAGGUCUGUUUCUGGGAAUGUGACUUGUCUUGACAGUUUGCAGCCACCCAGAAAAUAACCUUCAAAUUUGUAUGUAAAAAUCAUAUGCUGAGAAUUAUUAUGAAUUUGUACAUUAAUCCAUUUAAGUUCCUCUAGUGGUUGUUAACUAUUGUGGAUUAAUACUAACUUGGUCGUUUGUAAAUAUAAUUUUCCUUGUGGGACUACAAUUUGUUUUGUACAGAAAGAAAAAAAACACUAUUAAACUAAGAUGUAUAAUGCUAAGCUGACCAGAAAUGCCAAAGAUGAUGGUAGAAAUGUUAGCAGUAUGUGGUCAAAGAUUUCUGAGUUAAUUAUCCAUAAUGUUUUGUAAUUAAAAUAUCUUUUGGGGGAAAAUGUUUUUCUCACCAGAAGUGUACUUUAAAAUGAUAGUAUAUGUGUCUGUUUUAAAAAGAUUGAAAUAUCAACCUAGGUUUUCUUGUCAUAUUGCUGAUGGUGGCUCAAUUAUUUGAGUGGGUUACUGGCAGCUGUACAGCCUGGGCCUUUGUUCUAAGGUGGGUUUCAUAAACAAAAUGCUUCUGUUACAAAGUAACUGCAUCUUUACUCUUUAAGUACCUGCAUCUUGGUGAAAUGCAGAAAAUUUUGAGAAGUGGUCUAACUGCCAAUAAUUCUUGUAUUCAAUUCUGUAUUUGCAUUUGCAUUCUAUGUGUAAGUUUUGAAUUGUACUUUACCUCAAUAAUUCUACAGGAAACACAUGUCUGUAUUUGAUCAAGUGACACAGGCCAUUUUUGCCUUUGUCUGUACCAGUCACACCAACAGUGCAACUGAUAGUCAAUUACAUAUGUUGAUUUUGACCACAUCACUGAAAAAAACUCAAUACUUUGAUUCGUUCUGCUUUCUUUUCUGAAGAACAAUCUCUGCUGACAGUUUGAAUUACAAAUAUAUUACUUCAUAGUUACCCAGAGAAGAUUAUUAUGUCAAAUUCAAAACCCACCAACUCCCAUAGCUACCUGAACUAUAACUCCCCCAUAAAAACUGCUACCCCUUCCUCCCAAUUCCUCUGUAUAUCUGCUCCCAGGAGAAUUUUUCAAGGACUGCAAUUUCCCCUCCCAUGUGGUCAACAAUGUCCUCCAGUGCAUCUCCUCCACUUCCUGCACCUCCGCCCUUGAACCCCACCCCUCCAACCGCAACAAGACUAGAACCCCUCUUUGGUCCAAACAUGAAUAAAGAGCUGAACUCCAGAGGGGAGGUGAUUAUGACUGCCUUUUAUACCAAGACAUCACUUCAUGCUGGAGCCCAAAUAAGAAUGGUUAUCAUCAAUGAAUCUCCCCCCUAUUGUCAUUGCAGUUACCAUUGACCAAAAGGUGAAAUGCACUAGCCAUAUAAAUACUUGGCAACACAAACAGGUGAGAGCUGCAGAUUUUUGUAGCAAGUUGCCUACAAGGUACAAAUAAGGGCUGUGUUAGAUUACUCUUGCCUGGAUGAGUGCCAUGCAGAGAAUCCUUUCGAAGCUUAUCAUCCAGCACAAAGUAAAUAGUUUGGAAUCUAAACUACCACCUUCACUACCAACACAAUAGCAGCAGUAUGUAUAAAAUGCACAGCAAUAUCUUAGCAAGGUUCCUUUGAAAACAUCUUUCAAACUUGUGACUUUGCCUCAGGAAGUGCAAUAGCAGAAAAGGCAAGGCAACACCACAACGUGCAAGUUUCUUCUAAAUCAUGUUCCAUUCUGAUUUGGAACUAUUUUGCCAUUCCUUGGUUGUCCUGGAACUCCCUAACAGCACUGGGUGAGGAAAAAGACCAAGAAAAAGGCAGCUCACCACCAACUUCUGAAGGGCAAGUGAUGGGCAAUAACUGCUGGCCCAGUCAGCAACACAUGCAGCCUAAGAAUAAUAAUUGAAAAUUAAUAGAAAUUACAAGAACUUACUUAACUGCUGUUUGUGCAUUUUGUUUGUUUUUAAACAAUUUGAAGUGGCCAUACAAUUUAGGCUUAAUUACAGAAAACCUUGAUUUUGAGUAUCUGCAUAAUUAUGCUCAGGUCACUCAUUAUGAGAAAUUACAGUUUAGGAAUUGUGAUAACAGAUCAGGGGAGGAUUGAAAGUAUUAACUAAUCAGUCUGCCAAUUCAGUUAUGAUAAUGUGAAUUAAUAUGUUUCCUGGGCUAUUUUUGGUGAGGAAAGAAGAUUCCUCAUUAGGCAUUGAAUGAUAAGUGUUGGGAACUUUAGGUCAACAAGCAAUGCUGGUCACUCCAAAAGCAAAAGUUCCACUUCCCAUAUCUCUUGCUGACCUUCCCACCAAGUGCUGGAAAUGCAACAUCUUCACUUUGUACUUAUUUGGUACACUUAGACCACUUUUAUAGACUCUGUGUCCAAUCUAAAGUACUCUUCUGCUAUUUCUCACGUUGAAUAAUGAUCUUGUGCACAGAGGAAUCAUCCAAUGCUACUCAUCUCCUAAAAUGCUAUGCAAUAAAAAUAUUGCAGCUGAUUCCUGGACAAUGACCACUGAUUUGUGUACUGAUUCUUUCGAGCCCAAAUAUCAGUCAAACAACAUUGAGUGCAAAUCCAAAACAGCCUAAUGAAAAUAAUGGUGUUGAUGUGUAAUGCUUCUAUACAAAAUGGAUGCUAUCUAUCGCAAAUGCAGGUGCUGGAAAUCUGAAAUAAAAACUA